UAAGGCGUUGAUGCACCACAGUAACUUAUGCUUGUAAUAUCAGAAUAAUGAGUAUUUUUAAUAGAGAAUAUUACUUAUACAAUGUCCACAUUUCUGUUUUGUUUUCGAAAAAGCUAAGAAUUUAUGUCUGCUCAUUAAUACAAACAAAAACUGAGAAAAUAAUGAGCUAAGAUCUUACACGUUUAGUUCAACGCUAACUAUUUUAAUGGACAUCACCAAACGGUUUCAACUCAAGUUGAGCAGCUUCUGUCGCCUUUCCCUCAAGAAUGACCCACACGCGCCACGUGACGUCACACAAGUAGAGCUGUCAUGGCGUCUGCAAUACAAUCUGUGAGGCUGCAUUCUAGAUGAAAGCAGCACAGCUGCUUUGCAUUGGCAUGGAAGAGAAUGCCAGCCUGCAUAAGUGUAGGGCAGGUUCCGUUAUUUGCUUGGAUCAACUUAGUGCAGCAGUGUUAGUGAAGGAGAUCUUGAGCCAUAAAACGGUGGAUACGCAAGCGACUGUUGCACUCAUAUUAUUCCUGCAAAUGUGGGAAAGCAUCUCUUAAGCUGUAGGUUGUGCAACAAAUAUCAAAGCUAUGGAUGUUGCAGAUGGCGUGGAUCGCUUGACUACGGACCGAGGAAAUGAAGAGGUAGAUGACAAUAAGGGAGAAACUAACUGUAAAGGGCAGUAUGGGAGCGACUUUGGAGAUACAAACGUUAACAGGAUGAGUGACCUACCCUCAGCAGAUGUAGAAUCUGGGAGGGAUGAGAGUACUCCCUUCCGUGGGACUCUGCUGGAUACACCCAGCUGUAAUUUGUUAAGCGAGCCCAGUGAAAGCGACCAAAGUCCCCCGGGCGAGUCCCAGAGCAUCGACUCACUGGACUCAUUUUCUAAUUUGAACUCUUGUCCGAGUUCAGAUUUGAACAGCGAUACAACAGAUGACAGGACCUUAACAGCUGGCAUCCAAAACGAUCUUGAUGAUGGGGCGGCAAUCGCAUCAGCAUCCAAGGAAAGAUUUCCGGGGCAGUCCGUCCAUCAUAUAAAAUGGAUACGUUGGAAAGAAGAAAAUACCCCAAUAAUCACUCAGAAUGAAAACGGUCCUUGUCCUUUGUUGGCAAUAAUGAAUGUCCUCUUAUUGUCAUGGAAGGUAAAACUGCCACCUAUGAUGGAAAUAAUAACGGCUGAACAGCUGAUGGAAUAUUUAGGGGAUUACAUCCUUGAAGCGAAACCAAAGGAGAUCUCUGAAGUUCAACGGUUGAACUAUGAGCAGAAUAUGAGUGAUGCCAUGGCCAUCUUACACAAGCUACAGACAGGCUUGGAUGUGAAUGUGAAAUUCACUGGUGUGAGAGUGUUUGAAUACACUCCAGAAUGUAUAGUAUUUGAUCUUCUGGAUAAUACUGACACAGUGACGGCGAUUGGAAACUGCAGCUAUAACCAGCUGGUGGAGAAGAUAAUCUGCUGCAAACAGUCGGAAAACAGUGAAUUGGUCAGUGAAGGUUUUGUUGUGGAACAAUUUCUCAGUAACACUGCCACACAGCUGACCGACUAUGGGUUGGCUGAGUUGAUCUCUACGGUUCAGGAUGGAGAACUCUGUGUGUUCUUUAGGAAUAACCACUUUAGCACUAUGACCAAAUAUAAAGGACAGCUAUAUGUACUUGUGACGGAUCUGGGCUUCCUCACAGAAGAAAAGGUUGUGUGGGAAAGUUUGCACAAUGUAGAUGGCGUAGGCAAUUUCUGUGACUCUGAAUUUCACUUGAGGCCUCCAUCAGACCCAGACACUGUGUACAAGGGACAGCAAGAUCAGAUUGACCAGGACUAUCUGAUGGCACUAUCCCUGCAGCGAGAACAAAACGAAGAGCUGAACUGUGAGCAGUUUCCAGAAGGAAUCAGCGAUCUGGAACUAGCGAAAAAGCUGCAGGAGGAAGAGGACAGGCGGGCAUCACAGUUCUAUCAGGAACAGGAACAGGCAGCGGCAGCUCAGGCUCAGAUGAACACCAAUGGGAAAAAAAGAAGUAACUCAGGGACAGCAGACACAGAAGGCCGUCACUGCAGCAGGAAGCAAACAAAGCACUGGAGGGAAACAACCGACAACUACUGAAUGCAAACGAAAAGAGACCCGCGAUAAAGAGAAGGACAAAUGCACUAUCUUGUAAGGACAGGGUGUAGUUGGAGCGAAGUACAUACUCCCCUCCCAAAAAAGGAGAAUUAAAAGAACAUGCUAAAGAUAAACAAGGAAGAAAAACAAGCUACAAUACCAUCUGUGCCUGAUUUCCCCCUGUACUUUGUUUGCAUCUUAAGAGCAGAAAGGGUGAAUCCUUUGGUAAAGCUGACCACACUUUCUAAUGCCACACAAUGCACUAAUUUUGUGAAGGAAAUCCAUGAGAUGUUCAUUUCGACGUGGCUACAUUUUAUAGCUUAGAAUUAUGGAAGACAAUUCAUUCUGUAUUUUGUUAUGCACAAGUCAAACUUUUUUUCAGUGUCAUAAAACAGUUCACUUUUCAAUAUAAUUUAAUAAGCCAUUAUGUACGUUUUUAAUGUUAAAAUUGUGAUGUGCCAUGUUUUUUCUGAAAUCACUACAUCAAGGAUGUAUCAACAGUUAUUAUGUUAUCUUUCAUUAAUGUUUGUGGACAUUGGGAUACUGCCUUGGUCAGUUCACCAUACCGGGACAUAGGGCAUAAUUUUAGCAGCUGUCAAAAUAUUUUAAAUGGAAAAGCCUCAGACGACAUUUUCACAUUUAUGCCAGACUGGUCUGUAACAUUUAUAUUUACAUAAACGUUGACCAGUUUGCUUGUAACAAAGUCCAGACUAGAAAAAUGCUUGUUGAUCUAUCCAUUCCAGUACGUAUACGAUGCAGUCAUUAUGGUGAGUUUGACAGUCAAGGCCAUGUUAACAUAUAUUGUCUUUCUGGUGUUUCAGUCUGUGUCUUGGGGUGGGAAUUGUUGAAGAUGGUUUAUUCUCUUACUUAGGACCAAUUGUGAUUAACUAAAAAGAUAGCACAGGAUGUACUGCUCUUGCUGUUAUGUGACAGUUCUGCAAAUGACAUCCGGAAACCUUUGCAUCAGCCUUAAAGGGUCUGAGUUUUUAAAAGAUGACUCCCUUAUUCUCCAAGGAAAAGUAAGGAAGCAAGGAUUUUAUACCAUUUGAUAAAUGCAUAAUUAAAGAAAAGCUGAAAUCAGAACACAAAAAAGAAACGUCAGAGUGUUUGCACUUAGUAGGUACGUGACUGGUAUGUCCUCCCCUUUGUUAUAUUUUUUUUCUGAAUUUGCUGCUAUUCUUUCCUGUUGAGAUCUCAAUAUUCACAUUUUUGUAUAUUCUUGUUACAAUGUUCUGUUUAAGACAACAAUGUGUCUAGCACCAUUCACAUGAAGUAAAGAUGAGACUUAAAGCAAAUGUCUUUGCUUGCGAAAUGAUAAGAAAAGCUACCUACAUAGAUGGCUAUAGUAAGAAAGCAUAAGAGUGUGACUGCUGUCUAUAAAACGUAUUUGCUUAUUGUAUCCUUCAAAAUUUGAUCAUUCUGUGUUUUUAUAUCUUUACUGAAUCUAGUAAUUUAGACAUUCAGCAGUGUAGUCCUAUAUUAUACAGCCAAAGCUAUUUUGUAUAAGGAUUAACAACAGUUUAGCAUGUCAUGAUUCAGUGAAGACAAUUAAAAAAAUUGCAGUGAAGUGUAUAGUUCACUGAAUAGAGACUCAUGUUCCAACUUUUCCCCCCAAGGAAGGCAAAAUUCCCUUUAACUCCCCAUGUGGGGGGACUACAUCUCCCCUACUUCAGACAGCCAGCUGUUUAAAAUAACUAACACAAAGGUUUCUACAUUUCAGAUAGAGAAAAAUAUUAAGUUGUAAGGCACAGCCUAAGCUCUCUCCUUCCUUUAGACCUUGCAUAUCGUCAGGAAGCUGUGUUCACUGUAUCAUGAGAUGGUGAACUGCAGUUUGAUGGUCAACUUUGGUCUCACUGCUAACAGCUUUAUUGAAGUUACAGUAAGUAGAACACAAACAGUAAAAGUUAUAAUGACAAGUCAGCAAUGUGUCCAUUGUCUGUGUUUUCCUUAAUAAAACAGAUUUUGCAUUA